GGGAUCCGCGGAACUCGCCGACGUAUCGAGGAACGACGAGUGAUUCAACAGGCGAUGUUGGUGUUCGAAAAUGGAACUGUUCGAAUCCGUUUAACCCGAGCGGCCCGGAUGAUUCAUGGACUGGAGGCGGUUUCGCCGAACCUUCGAAGAUGAAUGAAACGUUGGCUUCGCGAAAUCUUCACCGGAGUGGAAUUUUCAUUCUGAAGUAGUCGGGUGCGUGGCUCGCGAGCAGUUGCCUCUCACGGGAUCAUUCAAGUCCGAGCCUCAUUCAUAAUGGCGGACGCGCAUAGUAACCGAAAGACUACGAUGUAAACAAGACGAGAAUACUACCGUUCGCCGGAAGGGCAACUUUUCUAAUCAUUGCGCAACGCCAGCAAGCAUAUCGUGUCAAAUUCAGAAACAGCGUGGCCAGCCCUGCGGUUCGCCGCGAUAUUUGCAAUGGUCGGGCUCGAACAUACAUAAACAACCAUCCUCAGGGUUUGCACCGCGCGCACGUCACUCAUGGAACGCCGACGCGCGAAUUUUGCGUAUUAUUUCGUCACGAGAACGUCGUCGACGCGAAUAUUGCCAAUCGACCGACCGCAAUCGUGAUUAAUUGCCGAUCAGCGAUGUACGAUCGAAGGUUGUUGUCGCAAACGAUCAAAUUGUGCAAUUACGAAAACCACGAUGGAACUACAGCAGAAUUAACUCGGAUGGCGAAGCUGUUUAGAUUGCCGUCGAAAAAGCGGAAGCCCCUCGCGUUCCGCCACGCGUCCCUACGCAUCAUUUCGCGCCGGCCGCGACCUCAUUUCACCCUUUUGUACGAGACAGCUGGCGGAACGGCGACCUCCAGCCGAAACAACGAAAGUGGGAAUACACAAUGCUCAUCGGGACCGAUCCCGUUCUCGAAGACUUUAAACGCUGUCCGGUUGAACGUUCCUUUUAUCGGCUCGGAUUCCAGUGAAUCACCCACCAGCAAAUUUAUUUAAAGAAAAACCACGAUCGAAGCACUGCACUCCACCGCGUCGGGAAUGAAAUCAUCAAGCUCCUCGAUUCAAAUAAGGCGACAUGGCUGAAGGAAGCUUCAUACGAGCAUAGUUUCCCUGUCCGUCUCAAUCCAUUCGAUUCUAAGAAAGAAGACCGUUGACCCGUUUCCCGAUCACCGUCUCGCCGAAUAGUACGCAAUUCCAUGAAACGCGACAGAUUGAAGUCCAAGUGAACUGGCAGAAGCAUCCUCGAGCCACCGUUUUCGCAAUCCAGGAUCUUACGAUAAAUAGUUUCACAAGAUACACAACGGUAACGGUCGGUGUUACGAUGGUAUUCGCGGGCGACGUGUGCAGAUAGUCUGUCCCUUACCGCCGACCGGGUCAGUUUCGUCGACGCGUAUCAUCCUUCUGUGGCCUAGCACCCUGUGCCGUCGAGGGACAGGUUGUUCCGUUCGCCGACGGGUCGGUGCACGCGGGCGACGAACGCGUUCGGUUUCCCUCUCGCCUCGACCGAACCGAUCCCCGACCGAUCCGAUGCACCCUAAAGGCAAUUAUUGACUAUCGCGUUCGCGGUCUCUCGGUCGGCGAGUCCCGGUGGCCGACGUUCGGGUGCCUCUUCUUCUCGGCUCGGACGGAUUUAGAUUUUCGGCGGACGCCGCGGAUUCUGCUGGCGGGUCACGUGGCCAGUGGCGUUCCUCGAGGCCCUCCUGCUCCGCGCUUCGCCUCGCGACCGGCCAACCUACGAUCGACUUGGUCUCUUAGCGCCGCUGCUCUCGUCUCCUCCAUCCACGGCCUCGAUAUCGACUAUGGAUCGACAAUAGGCUCCCUUCAACAUCGCGGACCUCCGCCGGCCUGGAGGACGCCUAGCGUCGCCGCCAGACACAGGUUGAGAACCACGUGGACGCGCGAGGCGUCGCCGACUAUUGGGGUUUUAGGGUGAACCAGUUUUAACGCAGAUCGUCGUGGACCGCUACCGCUCUAGAACACCUUCCCGGCGUAUUGUCUCGUCUAUUUGGUCUUUAUACAUUUAUAGCUUAUGCUCCUGGAUAAAGUUCAGCGAGACGCAGAUUUAAGUAAAGUUCAACUUUCGUCUGCUUACUGUUUUCAUUAAUCGAUGCUCGGAAACAUGUAAAUUUCUAUAAUGGAGUUAAUGAUGUUAUACCCUUACCCAAGAUGGACUAUACGGGUAAUAUUGCAGUAUGCGGAUCGGUUCAUCGAUUUUCAUAAAAUUAACGAAUGAUGUGGAAGUUGAUGUUUUGAAUAACUUUUUCUUCGAACACGAAUGUCGCUCUCGUUUAGUUCCCGAGAUAAUCGUGUAAAACUAAAUGAAACCGGAAGUUAUUGUUUUUCUCGUUUGGACGUAAAGAAUUCUAGAUUUUUUCGGACUUGCUUGAAACUUUGUCUCGGCGCUGUUGUUCUUGCGCAUUUUUACUGGCAGCUGAGCAAAGUAUUCCGCGAUGAACGGGGGGUAACUGUUUCCCUAAAAAGCGAUAUUAACAUACACAUUUCUCAUGCGACAGAAUUUAUAAAAUACAAAGAGAAUUUCGUUUGUUAGCAUACUUUAUGAAAAAGUAAUUAAUUUAUGAUAUAAAGGCACUGGAUGUAAAUGAAAUUUUUACCAUAAUCUUCGAUACUCACCGCUCGGCGUAAAGAGCCACUAACGGUGCUUAUUUUUAAUUUUAAGUCUCUACCUUCGGCAUUCGCUGAAUUGCUUUUGGCAGCAUUUAGACAAUUUAUUUAAACGGCGCAUUCCUCUUACAUUCAUUCGUAAAUUUCUCGAGUUCAAGAAAACGAUUAAAGAAUUAAACCACAUAUUCUAGAAAUACUUAUGUUGCGCCAAUAACAGUGACAACAAUUAGAAAUGAUCGAAAACGACAAAUUUAUAUUUCUAAUUUUUAUUUUUUUAUUUUCAGUAGCAUUAAUAUAAAAAAUUCUUAAAUUACCGAAGAUUAUAUUAUUAAAAGAUUUCAAUGAAUGUACAAAACACCCGCACGUGUUUUUAAAAUUCUUCUAUAUAAUUGAACGUAGCAUUUACGUACAUAUUACGUUUAGUAUAGUAUAUAUUUGUGCAGAUAUAGCAGAAAGAAAACGCUACAGGGAAACAUAACCUUCGAGUUAUCAUUUUCACUGGUUGUAAAAUGUGAAAUGUUGUCCUACAUUAAAGUUUAAUCAGAAUUAUAAUAAUGGCAGGAAGUAUGAGACAAUUAGAAGAAAGACAACUUCCAGCUGAAGUGACAAAAAUGCAAUGGUCACCAAAAAUGGAUCUCCUAGCAAUUGCAAAUGUAAAAGGAGAAGUUACCCUUCAUAGAUUAACAUGGCAAAGAGUAUGGCUAUUAAGUCCUCAAGAAGAAACUGAUACUGUAGUAAAUUUAGCAUGGAGACCGGAUGGAAAACUUUUAGCUGUUUCUUAUGAAAACUCUAAAACUGUUUGUCUUGUAGAUAUUGAAAACAAAAACAUUGUACAUAAAACAAAACUUAACUUUCAUAAUGUAAUUACAUGCAUUACAUGGUUACCAUUGUCAAAUCCAGUGAAUGACAGUUUCUCAAAUAGCAACAAAGCAAACAUGCUACCAACUGGAGAAUAUCUCCCACCUUUACCAAGUUUGAAUAGAAGUUUCGGCCAAGAACCUGAGCGCAAAGAAUUCCUAUUUCAAACUUUAGACAUACUUUUUCUUGGUUUAGAUGAUGGAAAUGUCACAAUGUUUGUAUUUGGAAUGUUUUACUGUGGCACUAUUUCAGUAGGUCAUGGUCGAAUAUUAGAAAUUAGUGGUGGAUCUAACAAGCCAAUGUGGAUUACAUGGAAAGACAACAGUGGCAUUAAAGUGAAUAGAUUAUGGUGUCCAUUGCUGGAACAAAAUAUGGCAUUCUUGAAGGUAGCACAAGCCCAAGCUAAUAUAGAAUACUUAAUGGAUUACCUUUCACGUACAUUAAUGGCCAUUUCUGAAGCAUGGGAAACGAUUCUCUUAGAAAUGGAUGAAAAGCUAGCACGAUAUGCAAAAACAAAUCCACCUGGAGGAGUUGCAGCAGAUUUUUUAGAAUUGUUAAUGAUUGGCAUUCCAACCCAAAAUUUAGAAAAUUUUUUGUUGAGAGAUCUAACUGAGAAAGGAUUGAAAAAAUUAGGACAUAGUAUUGAAAUGUGCUACAGUAAUAUACAGAAAUUGGUUUUGAAAAACUUAACUAGUGUUGGAAUGGCAUUAGUAUAUCAGUUAGCUGAACUGAGAGGUAUGGUAAGACUGGGUGGUCCUUAUGAACUAUUGGGAUUAACAGAUGAAGGUAUAAUAACAAAAGCUCUUCAUGCGUCUGAAGCUUUCCUAGCAAAGUCUUCAGAAAUACAACAAGUAAUAGAUCACAGUAUGCGAGACUACAAAGCAUUCUUCAGGUGGUUAUAUGUGGUAAUUCUAAGGCUAACAGACGAGAGAAUACCGUCUGAAGUGAGCCGAGUCAGUCAACAAGAAUUAACAUUUAUAGCGGAAUUUUUACGUGGCUUUGAUAAGACUGAACCAGGUGUUAGUGGCAGAAAAGGAGUAAAUUUAGAAAAAUUAGGCCAAUAUUUACGACGUGAAAAUUUGAAAACUUGUUUGACCCCUGAAGGAAGUGAAUGGGCAAUGAUGCUUGAUGAAAAUCAUUGUCUCAGAGAUCAUCCACUUAUCGUUAAGCAAGAUCUUAAUUUUUCAUUGCUUCAAUCUCAUGCAAAAUUAAUUACCGCUAUACAUAAUGUUUUUGGAGAGGCAUAUCAGGGCUUAGUCGAUCAUUUCACUGUAUCAAGUAUUCCACUGGCGCCGUCAAUAGCAUUUACAUCUUCUCAAAUUGCAACAAAUAAUGAUGGUUUGUUAGUUGCUACAUGUGAUGUUGAUCAUAAAAUAUUACGAUUAUUCAAAAUUGAGUCUUCGUAUACAGAACCCGUUUCACUCAACUUCAAGUUGGGUACAAUAGACGUAGAUCAUAGAUCAGAAUCGUAUUCUAAGACUUAUAUGGAUGGUAUUAUAGUGGAUUUGCAAUUUUAUACCCACGAAUAUCUUAGUCUAUUAUUCUUUAAUAAACAUAGUCAAUCAUCAUUUCUUAUACAAUUACCAUUAAACCAUUCCCGAAUUUUUGAAAAUCAAGAUAAACACCCAGUUAGCUUAACUGAUCUAAUAAGCAAUAAUUGGCCGCGACCGUUUCAAGGUAUAUCUGUUAGGCGAUUAGCAGUCAGUGGUGCUCGAAAAGUAGCUGCUGUUUUAAGCGAAAGUAACAGAAAAAUAAGAUUAUUAGAAACUGAAGUAGAACCAGAAGAGGAAGAAGAUGAAGAAGACGAUGAAGAUGGUGCUAACGAGAAUAUGUUAGAAACUAUGCAUGAACCAACUGCAAGUACUUCCCAAUAAACUAACGUACACGAAAGCAUUACAGGUACGUCGCCACAAAUGUAUAAAUGUUUGAUAAAAUAUAGUGUUACUUUUUUAUACUUGUUAAAAUAAUAAUUUAUUGAAAUACAAUAUCGAAGAAAACUAUUUAAUUACUU